GCCGACUGCGUCUUAAAUCCGGCUGGAGUCGGAGGCUCCGAUACGAUAACCUCAAUCAGAACCUUGCUCUAUAACCCAAAUACCUGGUAUCAUCUCCUUGGUAUCUAUCGCGUAUCUCAUAUCUUAGCCAGGAAUCAAGUGCACGGUGGCUUACCUACGGUAAGUUCCUCAAAGGGUUUAUAUAUGGGGUCCACUCAUUUCCUCUCGCAUGGCAUCGAUUUUGAAGGUUACCGUGUUGUGUUGUUCUCGUUUUUUGUACAAUCGAACACGCGACAAUCUCCAAGAUGGCUCGUCUUAGUCCCAUGUUUUUGGUCUGCAUGAUCGCUGCGCUGAAUUGCGCAAGCGUCGGGUAUGACACUAGCAUGAUGUCCUCCUUGAACAUUUCGGAAACGUUUAAGACAAGGUUUGGCAUAGAUUCAAACACAAAAGGGUUGCUCACUGCCGUCCAAAACCUUGGUUCCAUCGUGGGAAGUCUCUUUUCCGGUUACAUCGUUGAUCAUUGGGGCCGACGAGGAGGCAUAUUGACCUCGGCGUGCAUCGUGCUGGUCGCCACGGUCCUCCAUAGUUCGGCGACAACCCUUGCGCAAUUCUUUGUCGCACGGAUUGUCUUUGGCUUUGCAAAAGCUAUAGACAUUGCAUCUGUGCCAACUUACCUUGUGGAACUGUCGCCGCCGAAGCACCGUGGUUUCGUUUCCGGUUUAUACUGGACCUGUUGGCUCGCGGGUGCCAUUAUAUCCGCCGGCGUAGGAUAUGGAGCAAGAAGGGUAGAAGGUGACUGGAGUUGGCGUAUCGUUUGCAUUUGCAUGGCCGCUCCCGCAUUGAGUUGCAUCAUCUCCAUAUUCAUGGUUCCCGAGUCCCCACGCUGGCUUAUGUCUCGCGGCCGAGAGCCCGAGGCACUUGCCGUGCUUGCUAGAUUCCACGGCCGUGGCGACGAGACUCACCCCCUGGUUGUCGCGGAAUUCAGAGACAUCAAGGAGACGAUCACCUUCGAGAAGGAAAACAGCUUCCCCACUCUUUAUGCUUGGUGGAGGGCCUUCUUAAGCGAUAAGGCAAAUAUUCGCCGCGGCUUCAUAUUGAUCACACUUGGGAUGUUUGAACAAACAGUUGGAUCUAAUAUCAUCACGUUCUAUCUCGACGACGUCCUCGCCUUGGCUGGCAUCACUUCCGAAUCAAGCAAGUUCGCAAUCAACCUGAGUCAGAAUUGUGUGGCUUUUGUCAUCGCACUUAUUGGUAUCUGUCUUGUUGAUAAAGUGGGUAGGGUUCCCAUGCUUGUUGGCGGAACACUAUGGUCAGGUGCUGUAUUAGCUUGCAUGGCCGGCCUUUCAGCGGCAGCCAUUGAUACCGUAGGUGGAAGAAAUGCGAUCAUAGCUAUGGUCUAUAUUUUCCAGGUUGGAUACGCUAUAAGUUGGACGCCGUUGUCAUUUUCGUAUUGUGCAGAGAUGUUGAACUUCACAAUUCGCGCGAAAGGCAUGGGCUUCUACACGAUCUUCGAUUCUUUGGUUGGUUUCUUCUGCCAAUAUGUUAUUCCGAUAGGUCUGUCUGGGAUCGGAUGGCGAUUUUAUAUCAUAGGAGUUGUAUGGAAUAUCUUCGCCGCUCUCGUUAUCUACUUCACCUAUGUCGAAACUAAGGGCUUGACCCUUGAGCAGAUCGAUAACCGCCUUCGUGGAAUCCCAGUUGAUCAAUUAGAUGUGAUUGAAGCCUACGACGGUAACAAACCAAUUACGGAUAGUGAACUUGGAAAGUCGGCUAGCGAGACGACUAAGACCCCGGAUACAAAGACUUUGGAAGUCCAGGUAUAAUAAGAUAGAUGAUAGGCUAUGACUUCUUGUAUUGGUUUAUAGAAUUGUUCCGUUUAACAUCCAUCCCUCCAUUUCAUAGUUACCA